AUGGGACCAAUUCAUAGAAAGCAAUGCGCUCCACCAUUCGGCCUGAUCGCCGACCUCCUUUUCCAGAUCAUCAUCAAUGGCGAUGCGAGCACUAUAUUGACGCUCUGCCUGGUCAACAAAAGCACAUUCGACACGAUCAAGGUCCUAGAUCCGCACAUCUGCAAAUGGUUUAUGCGCCUCCAUGACAUCGACACAUUCAACCCAUUACUCACCUUAAACCCAUGGACCGGCAAGCAAAAUGCACUAACAGUGCACACCCUGGUGCGAUCCUUAUACCGUCAUAAUCUCGCACGUUGUCUGUCUCGCCAGAUCGUCCCGUCAGUAUGGGGACCGUUCUACGACGACGACAAGGAUGAAAUGAACUUCGAGGCAGAACUUAAACUUGCCAACCAUCUAGAACGAGGCUUCCACGUGCUCUUCCACAUGGCCGAUAUCUCACGCGAUAUAAAACGAGGGCGCCAAUUUCACAGAAAGACACCCCUCUCGUCGUCGAUGUCUAAACGCCUAACCAAGCUUCACAAACGCUUGAAAGAGUACAGCGACAUCGUCGACUCGCCGGAUAGUAGCAACUAUCAAAAACUCCUACUCCCACCAGACCACGCAAGAUCAAAAUCAUCAUCAAAAGCCCACACCACACAAAUCCUUAAAUGGGCCCAAACAGAAUCCAAAAUCGGCCAACGCCGCCUCGACUUCCGCGCAAACCACCUAGACGAAAACUCCGAAGUCGCCUUCCACUGCACCCUCCGCAUGCUCCGCGAACUCCUAGAGCGGAUGCUCCUCCGCCACGGGCCUAAACUCUGGCACCGCGACACGAGAAACGAGUAUAGCGUCGUCUCGUGGUUUCUACUUAACCGGGGCCCGCGGGAUCUCGCUAAACUGGUACUCACCCCGCAGGAUGAAUGCUGCCAUCGCCAUUUCCACCUGGACCCCGGGACAGAUAGCGAGGACUGUCUGUUCUCCAACCCACUAGACGAAUACUGGGACGCAUGGAAGGACUCUCCGGGCCUUUGCUGCGCGGGCGCAGACACAGGUGCUGGUGCAGGUGCAGACACAUACGCAGACAUGGGAAUGGACAUUCGUCUGAGCAGGAGCAUAAAAAUGCGUAUUGGCAGGAACCCAAGCUCAAAUACAAACACAAACCCAACCCCGAACCUCAACCUCAACUUCAAUCCAACGCCGACGUCAACGUUAACGCAAAUGUCAACCCCAACCUCCAGCUGCCACUGCAAACGUCGCGUCCGCAGCUGGAGCGUAAAGCCGGCCCUCUUCGACAACCAGGGGCGAGAAUACAACCGCGCCGCAGAGCGGUAUCUGAAAGAGAUGUGGGGCCAGAGGCAUGUCGGGCUACAUCAGGCGUUUUCGAUGGGGAUUUUUGCAACGGUAUUUUAG